UGUUCUGUGGACUGCCGCCCUGUCCACUGCCCCUCACCCUGCUGCUUUGCCUGGAUCUCAACUUGCUUUAGCUACUUCUGGAUUAACACACAUUUUCUCUUAUUUUCAGCGAUUGUGGAUUUUUAAUUUGUGAGCGGGUAAAGUAAAGGACAGUCAUUAUAAGUUGGCGGAGUGGCCGUCAGGAUGUCAGCAUCAUUACAAGUGACGCAGAAGCUGCAGCAUCAGCAUCAACAUCAACAUGAGGAGAAGCAGCAGCAGCAUCUCUAUGAGAGCAGCUAUUACCUGAGCAGCAAGUCGUCUGUUAGCAAGCAGUCAUUCUCAACUUUCAAGACCACCAGCCAUCGCAAGAAGAUCUCUGUGAAGACAGAGAAGGGGCAGGAGGUGGUUAAACUGAGCCCACUACCCAAGAGAGCCAAACGCACCUACCUGGCAAUGGACAAGGACAAAGAAGUUAUCGGCUAUGUUAUUCCGGUGUUUAGAGCCAAUCAUGAUGUAGUUCGGGGCUUAAUGGAGGCCCAGGAGGAGGAGGUCACAGAGGAGGGCAUCAACUAUGUGGCCAUGAGGAACCUGUUUGUCAGGGAGGCCAGGGAGGCCAUGGAGGUGAAAGUGGAGAAGAAAACCAGGUCAAAGCAUGUCAGGGAAUCUGCUGAACGCCUGGAAAUGAGCAGGACGAUGGAGGAAUGGUCGGAGUUCCGUAAGAAAAUGAACCCAGACAGCCUGACACACCGCCCAGAGUUCAUUGUCAAGCCCCGUGGACAGACUGUUUGGGAGGGCAAGGAUGUCAAGUUGCACUGCACCGUGGCUGGAUGGCCCAAACCCAGGAUUGCCUGGUAUAAAAACAACGUCCUCAUCGAUGCCAAAGCCCACUCCGAGAAGUACACAGCUGAGAGCAAUUACAACAUGCACUCUCUGGAGAUCAAGAACUGUGAUUUCUUCGACACUGCUAAGUAUCAUAUCUCUGCCCUCAAUGUGAAAGGGGAAGCUUCUGCUGUGGCCUCUGUGGUUGUGAAAAGGUUCCAAGAGGGUGUUGAACCAGGCCCACUCGAUCCUAAACCACAUGGUUUUAGCCCUGAGCAUGGUGUUACCUUUGAAACCACCAUUAUUGACAAAUUUGAAGUGGCUUUUGGCUCUGAAGGGGAGACGUUGAGCCUCGGCUGCACUGUCAUCAUUUAUCCCACUGUGAAAAAAUACCAGCCUGAAGUUGUGUGGUACAGAAACUCUGUCCCAUUAAAGCCCUCUAAGUGGGUGCACACUCACUGGUCUGGGGAACGUGCCGUACUCACUCUUGUCCACCUUAACAAAGAAGAUGAGGGCAUGUACACCCUGCGCGUCAACACCAAAUCUGGCUAUGAUACCUAUGCUGCCUACGUGUUUGUCAGAGAUGCCGAUGUAGAGGUUGAGGGGGUUCCCGUAGCCCCCCUGGAUGUGCGCUGUCAUGAUGCCAACAAGGACUAUGUUGUGGUAACCUGGAAGCAGCCAGCGGUGGAAGGCAGCAGCUCCAUCCUGGGGUACUACAUCGACAGGUGUGAGGUGGGCACCCAUCACUGGGCUCGGUGUAAUGAAGUCCCAGUCAAGUACGCUCGCUUCCCUGUCACAGGACUGGUGGAGGGGCGGUCUUACGUGUUUAGGGUGCGUGCCGUAAACAAGGCCGGAGUCAGCCAUCCAUCCCGCGUCUCUGAGGCCGUGGUAGCCAUGGAUCCCUCUGACAGAGCACGCCUCAGAGCUGGACCCUCAGCUCCUUGGACUGGAAUGAUCAAGUUCACAGAGGAGGAUCCGACAGUCGGUGUAGUCCCAGGAGAACCAACUGAUGUUGUGGUUACUGAGGCAACUAAAAGUUAUGUGGUACUUGCCUGGAAGCCUCCAGCCCAGAGGGGUCAUGAAGGAGUCAUGUAUUACAUUGAGAAGCGUAUUUCUGGCACUGACACCUGGCAGAGGGUGAACACUGGUAUGCCAGUCAAAUCUCCUCGCUUUGCCCUGUUUGACCUGGCGGAGGGUAAAUCUUACAGCUUCCGUGUACGCUGCUGCAACUCUGCCGGCGUGGGUGAAGCCUCUGAAUCCACAGGAGAAGUCAUAGUUGGAGAUAAACUGGACCUACCAUCAGCUCCAGGCAACCCGGUUGCCACCAGGAACACUGACACAUCUGUGGUGGUUUCCUGGGGGGCCUCCAAGGAUGUGCAACACUUGGUGGGCUACUAUAUUGAAUGCAGUGUGGUGGGCACAGAUGUCUGGAUGCCUUGCAACAAUAAGCCUGUUAGGCAGACCAGGUUUGUGUGUCAUGGCCUGAUUACUGGUUCAAACUACCUGUUUAAAGUGAAGGCAGUAAAUGCUGCUGGAUACAGCCAGAGCUCCCCCAAUUCUGACGCUGUAGUUGUACAGGCUGCCAUCUCCGUACCUGGUAAGCCCACCGGUGUGACCCUGCAGGAGGCCUUCAAGGACUACAUGGUCCUGGGCUGGAACGCGCCUGCUAACAACGGAGGAGCUGACAUCAGGGGCUAUUUUGUGGACUACAGAACUGUAAAGGGAGGCGUUGCUGGAAAAUGGCAUGAAAUGAACCACCAGGCACUGACUACAACUACCUAUAAAGCGGAGAACCUGAAGGAGAGGCUCUUUUAUCAGUUUCAAGUCCGAGCAGUGAACAUGGCUGGUGUGAGUAAACCCUCUCUGCCCAGUGCACCUCUGGAGUGCAAAGAAUGGACCAUUACUGUCCCAGGUGUUCCUGUUGGUCUUCAUGUACUGGAGGUCCGUGACACCUCUGUGGUGGUCCUGUGGGAGCCACCGGUGUUUGAUGGUCGCUCGCCUGUCAAUGGCUACUACUUGGACGUCAAGGAGGCCUCUGCUGGUGAGGAAUGCUGGAAAGGUGUUCAUGAAAAGGUCAACAAGAUGAAAUACAUGAAGGUGACUGGACUGAAAGGUGGCGCAUCCUAUGUGUUCCACGUGCGUGCUCAAAAUCUUGCUGGAGUUGGAAAGCCCUCUGCAGUCUUAGGUCCAAUCCUGGCCCAGACUCGCCCUGGCACCAAAGAGAUUUACGUGGAUGUUGAUGAUGACGGUGUGAUUUCCAUGGUCUUUGAGUGCUCUGAGAUGAUGGAGGGCUCUGAGUUUGUUUGGUCCAAGAACUACAAAGAGAUCACAGACACCUCUCGUCUGACUAUUAUCAGUGAACGGGGAAAAUCCAGAGCUAUCUUCAACAGUCCCUCUCUGGAGGAUCUGGGUACCUUCUCCUGUGUAGUCACCAACACUGACGGCAUUUCCUCCAGCUACACGCUCACUGAGGAGGGUCUCAAGCGUCUUCUGGACAUCAGCCAUGAUCACAAGUUCCCUGUUAUUCCCUUUAAGAAUGAAAUGGCUAUGGAGCUGCUCGAGAAGGGUCGCGUGCGAUUCUGGACUCAGGUGGAGAAAUGCACUUCUGACUGCCAAGUGGAGUAUGUCUUCAACGAUGUUAUCAUUUCUCAGGGAAAGAAAUACAUAAUGAACUUCGACAAGUCCAGCGGUAUUAUUGAAAUGUUCAUGGACUCUUUGGAAGUCACAGAUGAGGGGACGUUCACCUUUAACCUGGUGGAUGGCAAAGCUAAGGGUACAACCAGUCUGGUGCUAAUUGGAGAUGAAUUCAGGGAGCUUCAAAAGAAGUCAGAAUUUGCGAGGGCAGAAUGGGUCAGGAAACAAGGUCCUCACUUUGUCGAGUACCUUGACUUCAGUGUUACCCCUGAAUGUGAUGUACUGCUGAAAUGCAAGAUUGGAAAUGUCAGACCAGAGACUGAGAUCACUUGGUCUAAGGACUGCAUUGAGAUUGCAGAGGAUGAUGAGGAUGCUAAGAAAAUCGAGAGGCAGGACGGCGAGCUGACCUUUAAUAUUGGAAAGUGGGUUAUUAAGCAAGAGAAACAGAAAGAAAAAAAGAGAAAACCACCUGCAGAGGACGUUCCCCCGCCACCAAGACCUAAAAUCUCCAAGCACGACGCGGGUGUUUACGAGGUCUUCCUGAGGGAUGAGAGAGGCAAAGAUAAGAGCACCUUCAGUCUGACAGAUGCAGGAUACCAAGCUGUAAUGAAUGAGCUGUUCAGGGUUAUUGCUAACUCUUCCAGCGAAAUCAAAGUUCUCAGUACCGAGCAUGGCAUCGUCCUCUACUCCACGGUCACAUAUUACCAUGAGGACCUGCGUGUUGGUUGGCUCCACAAAGACGGCAAAAUUGCUGCUUCAGAGAGAGUUAAGUCCGGAGUCACAGGAGACCAGCUUUGGCUUAAGAUCAAUGAGCCUACUGAGAAGGACAAGGGCAAAUACAGCAUGGACAUCUUUGAUGGCAAGGACGGUGUAAAGAGAGCCUUUGAUCUGACUGGCCAGGCAUGGGAAGAGGCAUUUGAAGAAUUCCAAAGGCUCAAAGCUGCAGCAAUCGCUGAGAGAAACCGUGCUCGUGUUGUUGGAGGCUUGCCAGAUGUGGUUGCAAUCCAAGAGGGCAAGUCCCUGAACCUAACUGGCAACGUUUGGGGCGAGCCUGUACCUGAGGUGUCCUGGACGAAGAACGAAAAGGUGCUGGUAUCUGACGACCACUACAAACUCAAGUUUGAGCAUAACAAGUUCGCCAGUAUCACAAUCGCCGCCGUCUCCACGGCUGACUCUGGCAAAUACGCCCUUGUGGUGAAGAACAAGUAUGGCACAGAGGCCGGCGAAUUCACUGUCAGCGUGUACAACCCAGAGGAAGAGGAGAGCAAGGAGGAGAAGAAAGACUAAAGGAUGACACAGCGUAAUGACACAAGGAAGAUUAACAACAGGGCAGUCUCCAAAGUAUUUUACCCCGGCAUGUGCCGGUGCAACACAGCAAAUAAAUAAAUCAUGAAUUCAAAAAAAA